CCACAGAGGAGGAGCUGGAAGAUGCGAUGCAUUGUUUCAAAAUAGUGGCGGGGGAGGAAGAAGUAACUAACUACUUUGAAUUGUGAACAUGAACAUAAUUAACAAGAGUUGCGAAGAAAUAUUACUUUCACUGUUGAGCAAUUGCAACACAACCCUCAAAACCACGAAACAAAUCCACACUCAUCUCUACGUUACAGGCCUUCACACUCACCCUUUCUUCUUCGGCAAACUCCUUCUCAACUGCGCCGUUUCCAUCUCCGAUCAUGUUCUCAACUACUCUCUCCGUCUCUUCCAUCACUUCCCCAACCCCGACACCUUCAUGUACAACACCCUCAUUCGUUCCCUCUCUCAUUCCUCCACCCCUCUCUCUUCCCUCCAACCCUUCAUUCAAUUACUUCGCCACCCCACUCUUCUCCCUGAUAGUUUCUCUUUCGCCUUCACACUUAAAGGCAUUGCGAACGAUGGUUGUUCUAAGAGACAGGGGAUUCAGCUGCAUUCUCAUGCUUUUCGUCAUGGUUUUGAUGAUCAUAUAUUUGUUGGAACCACUUUGAUUAGUAUGUAUGCUGAAUGUGGGUGUUAUGAAUAUGCGAGAAAGGUGUUUGAUGAAAUGUCUCAACCGAAUGUUGUAGCAUGGAAUGCGGUUGUUACUGCUUGUUUUAGGUGUGGGGAUGUGGAGGGUGCUUGGGGUUUGUUUGAAAGGAUGCCGGUUAGGAAUUUGACUUCUUGGAAUACGAUGCUUGCGGGUUAUGUUAAAGCAGGUCAGCUUUGGUUGGCGAGAAGAGUUUUUUGUGAAAUGAAGAUGAGAGAUGAUGCUUCUUGGAGUACUAUGAUUGUUGGGUUUGCUAAAAGUGGUUCUUUUCAUGAUGCGUUUGGGUUUUUUAAGGAGUUGUUGCGGGACAGAAAUAGGCCGAGUGAGGUUAGUCUUACUGGGGUGUUAUCCGCAUGUGCACAGGCUGGGGCAUUUGAGUUUGGGAAGAUUUUACAUGGGUUUAUGGAAAAAGCGGGGUUUCUUUGUAUUGUUUCAGUUAACAAUGCUCUCAUUGAUACUUACUCGAAGUGUGGAAAUGUUGAUAUGGCUAAGUUGGUCUUUCAACAUAUGUCUGCGGAAAAGUGCAUUGUGUCUUGGACGUCGAUGAUAGCAGCACUUGCAAUGCAUGGUCGUGCAGAUGAGGCGAUCCGGGUGUUUCAUGAGAUGGAAGAGUCUGGAGUUAGGCCAGAUGGUGUCACCUUCAUAUCUCUCUUGUAUGCCUGUAGUCAUAGUGGUUUGGUUGAGCAAGGUUGUGCUUUGUUUUCUAAGAUGAGAAAUUUUUAUGGAAUUGAACCCGCCAUCGAGCAUUAUGGCUGUAUGGUUGAUCUGUAUGGUCGGGCUGCUAGGUUGCAGAAAGCUUAUGAGUUUAUACGUCAGAUGCCAAUUUUACCUAACGUAAUCAUUUGGAGAACCCUCCUUGGAGCUUGUAGCAUUCAUGGUAAUAUUGAAUUGGCAGAGCUUGUGAAAGCAAGGCUUGCUGAAAUGGAUCCAAACAACUCCGGUGACCAUGUACUGCUCUCAAAUGUUUACGCGGUUGCAGGGAAAUGGAAGGAUGUUGCUGGCAUAAGAAGAACAAUGAUUGAACAGAGCAUGAAAAAAAUUCCUGGUUGGAGCAUGAUUGAAAUUGACAAGGUCAAUUAUGGUUUUGUGGCAGGUGAAAAGCCUAAUGAGGUUACAAAAGAGGCCCAUGAUAAACUAAGGGAAAUAAUGUUGAGGCUUAGAGAAGAAGAAGGUUACGCGCCCCAGGUAAGGAGUGUCCUGCAUGAUGUUGAAGAGGAAGAAAAAGAAGAUUCUAUGUCCAAGCACAGUGAAAAGCUUGCUGCAGCUUUUGGAAUUGCAAAGCUUCCUAAAGGAAGGAUUUUAAGAAUAGUGAAGAACCUGAGGGUUUGUGGGGACUGCCAUACUGUGAUGAAGCUGAUUUCUAAAGUCUAUCAAGUAGAAAUCAUUGUGAGAGAUAGAAGUCGCUUUCACUCAUUCAAAGGUGGAUUUUGUUCCUGCAGAGAUUACUGGUGAUAGAACUAUUUAAUUGAGUUGAAAUGUAACAAAAACAACAGCUGGUAUCAUUCCUUCAAAGUACCAGACACCUAUUGGAAGUCUUGAAGAAAAGAAUUGAACAGGUGACAGGUAAAGCCAUACGAGCUAAACCAGAACAACACGUUAUUGAGAAAAUCAGACUGUACCUACAAGCAAACAUUCAUGAAAAGUGUUCAAAAUGGCACAACCACGGUCAUGUCAGUAUUUCUCCAACUUUCUCAGCACCUACAACUACAGAUGAACCAUAUGAUAGAAAGGAGCACCUGCACAUACUUCUGCAGGUGCAAAUACAUCGACUGUAAGCAUCAGGUCAAACAACAUCCUAAGUAGCAUCUGCACAUACUUCUGCAGGUGCUGGUCUGCUUUCAUCCAAGCCCAACUAACUACAUCAACCACUACAUGAUUGCUCAUGGAAGGUAUGACAGGUUUAAUUCUUUUGAAAUGCGGAGCUUUCUGCAGACAGUGAACCCUUGUGUUAUAAGGUCACAACUUCAGCACACAUUGGAGGAUAGGAGACAUGAGCACGUGCAGGAGACCUAAGAGUCAGUUGAUGUCCCUAAACCACACUAUGUUUAAGGAAAUUCUGGCCAAUAAAUCACAUUUUUCUUUUGCUUUUUGUUUGCUUGUGCUUGAGAAGUAACAUAUUUUUAGGAAUACUCCAACUAUUGGCUAGUGCAUUGACUAAGUUUGGUUUAUGUUGGUAUCAUUAUUUAUACCGUUUUAGUCACAUCCAUCACUUAAUGCUACUAUGUGUACUCCCUUAACAAUACCCGUUACUCAACAAUGACUCAUAUUAAUGCUGGUUUAUUUACACAGUAUUACAUGUUCUCGUGUUUACUGUUGGCUUCAAA